AUGUCAGCAACAAGACGUCCAGGCAGACUCGGUACUCGCUCUACCUCUUGGAACUACUCUAAUGCAGAAUCUUUUAACGACGACAUGUAUUCGAACAUGACAUUUUACGACACACGCAUGCGGCCAUCCCACACAAACUACGCAACCCUCCCUAGAAACUUCAGACAUGGAAACCCCAACAAAAGACAGUGCAGGACUGAGAUGCCACCUCCAUACGAUGGGAGGGAGAAGUUGCUAGAAGACUUCAUCACCAGCGACUCUGGUUACAGCUCCACUGGCACCACAUCUCCAGAACCUCCAGAGUCAUGGCAUCCACCCACCCGCCAAAACACACUGCUCAGACAUCCCACCAACGAUCGCAGCUGCAGAUCAGACUACUACUUCAUCCAACGACCAUCACCAGACGGUAUCACACAACCCAGCAUCGAGCACGGGAUAGCCUCCGACCCAACCAACCCUUCCAUUUCCUUCGUCUGCGCUAUGAAGCCUCUAUCUCUAUUUCCUCCAGACCCAGCAAGCAACAAGAAAAAACGCCGUCGUAUCACCAACAACGACUUCUCCAAACCGGAUGCGGAUCCUUUGACUUACAUCCGCGAUAAUUGCGAGAAUGCGACUAGAGCGUUGAAUAGUCAUCGCAAGUUACACAACUGUGAUUGCGACUUUGCGUAUUUGGAUAAUAGGAAGAGAGGGACUGGGACGGUGUGGAGGCAAGGAGAAGCUGAUGAAGGCGAGGUCGUUGUCUCAAGGGCCGAUCUUGGGCCAAUGAGACCUUGUAAGAAGACGUGGUUUACUGGGUGGUUUGUCAGGCAGCAUCUAGCAUACCAUGAUCGCUAUUGUGGAUGUGGAUGUUUCGGGAUCAAGCGCUGA